GGUGUUGUCACAGUUGGAUUACUUAUAUAUUGUUAUUCGUUAGAGUGUGGUUAGGGUUUUCAAUAUCUGAUCUCAUCAAAUCAGAGGCGAGGUGGGUUUGGUUUAGGAUGUGCAGCAGAGGCCACUGGAGACCUGCCGAAGACGACAAGCUUCGGGAGCUGGUGGAGCGAUACGGGCCUCAUAACUGGAACGCCAUAGCUCAAAAGCUUCUAGGAAGAUCCGGGAAGAGCUGCCGGCUGAGAUGGUUCAAUCAGUUGGAUCCCCGAAUCAACAGAAGCCCGUUCACAGAAGAGGAAGAGGAGAGGCUAAUGGCGUCCCACAGGGUUCAUGGGAACAGAUGGGCCAUUAUUGCAAGGCUGUUUCCUGGCCGCACUGACAACGCCGUCAAGAACCACUGGCAUGUCAUCAUGGCUCGCAAGUCCAGGGACAGCUCCAAAGCCAAAGCCAAAGCCAAAGCCAAAACCAAAACCCUAACCCCAUCAUCUCAAAAUCACCUUCUCUUUUCUUCCUUUCUGCAAACGUCAUGUCCACCAAACAACAACGCUUCCCUCUUUCUCAACCACUCUCUAUAUCCAAACCCCAUUUCUUCAUUCAUCCCCAAACCAACAGAUAGAAGCGUGGAGUUUUACGACUUUCUCCACCUAAACGCUGAGUCCAUUAACGCAAGUGAAGUGAUAGACAACUCAAGAAAAGAGGAUUAUGAAGAGGUGAACCAAGAAGCCACUGCCACCGCCGCCCGCCCGCUAUUUCCGUUCAUUGAUUUCUUUUCUGCCCAAACCUCCAACUCCAUCUCAUCCUCACAUAAUUAAUACUACUAAACCAAUCUCCUUCCUCCUUCCUAUCCCACGUCUUACAUAUCCUCUAACUCAUUUGGGUGAUCGAUCAUGAGAUCACAUAUACAUGUAUGCAUAAAUAUAUUAUAUAUUGUACACACACUUUGACACUUA